AUGCAUCCACUGGCGGAAUGCAGAGCGACAAUUUUAGAUGGUGGGCGAGGUGGGCUACAGGGAAUAAUUCUACGACACAGUAGGGAGGUUGUACCGGCAGACAAUGACCGACCGUUGAAAAGUGGCAAUGGCUGCGGAAAAAAGGAACGCUUCCUGUCACCCCUGAGGAAAACGGGAGAUCUGUGUUACACGAAUUGGAGUCAGCCUCCAGUCCCGGUUCAGUUCCAGAUGCACAAAGAAUAUUCACAAGGAAAUAAUUGAGAAAAUUAAAUGAAAAGUAUACAAUAAAAACGAUCUAAAUGGC